GUGAAUAAGUACUGCCAAACACAGCCUGGUCACAUAUCGAAAACGACAGCCAUAGAACAGGACUCGUAUCGUCUUUCGAAAAUUCAAGCACAACGAGCCAAGUGUUUCCGAAAAGUGCUCGCAGAUCUCGCCUCAAUCCACCCCUUGGACACAAGGGCUCGUCAGCAGUUUUACUCGUCAAUUCGUCGCGUAUUUUUGGCCGAAAGCGACGACAAACGUCAUUUUCAGUUAUGGGCAGAAGUUGCAGAAAAACUCAUUGCCUUGGCGGAAACGGAAACCGCGUGGAUUAGCAAGGCAGUUGAUCACACGGCCCAGAUUGCGAAACAAUUUCAGCACAGGCCUUGUUCCGAGGCAUUAGUUUGGGAAAAGGUCAAGGCUCUGGAAGAACAGCUGGGUGACUUGCGACGAUUGACUGGAAAUAAAACUAAGAACCAGAACCAGGACCAGAACCUGAACGCAGUUGGCGACCCGUGGGAGGACCGUGUGCUGAAGUCGUGCGAACAGCGGGAAAUCGCGCUGCUCCAGAACUUGGUAGCCGGGAAAACUCGCUCUCAGUCCUCGUCGGCCAGCAGUUGUGAUCCUCGAGUUAUUCUGUGA